UGGCUGCCUUUAUCAAACCGAAAUGAUCCCAUUAAUAUUCUUUGUUUGCCUUACAACCUGUUCAGCGGUAUCUACUACCGAUUCGCAACAAAAUGAAACAACAACAGAAUCGGCGACAACAACAAAAGAAAUCCUUAAGGCUAGUGAAACUGGUGAUCCAACAAAAUUGGAAAUAGUAAAGCAAAUACGUCGUCUUAACGAUGAUGGGUCUUACACUAUAGGCUAUGAAGCAAAUGACGGAACUUUUAAAAUUGAAAGCAGAGAUGUACGAGGUAACGUGAAAGGUACAUUUGGAUAUGUUGACGAGGAUGGUGAGAUCAAACGUGUCACAUACAGCUCUAAUGGUGAAAGUACACCUAUUCCAGUCUCAACUACAUCUACAAUGAGUACACCUAUGAUGGUAGUGAGGGUGAAUAAAACUGUGUCUACAACCAGAAGACCAACAACAAUAGUUUAUCCGACUAGAAGUAGUGCUACUACACGAGGGACAGUUAUUCAAGCGAUACCAAGGAGAAGACCGGUGUCCAGUUCCACUAGAGCAACAUCAUCUGACCCAAUAACUGAAACAGAUAGAAUUGAUGAAACAACAACAAAUAGUCUAUUUAAUUUAAAAGAAGAACGUGUAAAAACGAGGACACAAUUAUCAAAGCCAAUAUCAGCGACAAUUACCAAUGAUCUCAUAGCUAAAUCUACAACUAGCAAGCCACCGCAAACUGUGAAACCAGUGUAUGAAGAAGUAACAGAAAAGGAGUUAGAUGUGACCAAAACUAAUGGUAUACGUCGCCAGCUGUCAGGUACAAAUUACAACCAUCACAUGGUUAAUCUACAGCAAUCAAUGGGGGAUGAUUCCACUGAUGUCUAUGGAGGCCAUAUGUCUCAUGGAACCGUACGACCUCUAUUCACAACAACACCUCGAUCUCGACUGCUACCCGUACAUUCCCUGAUAAACUCUAGACAACGAUCACAACAGUAUCAAGACAUACAACAUAAUGAGGAAACCGCAGAAACAAGCACCGGUAGAAUAUACGAUCAACAGAACAUUGUAACGUCAAGUCCAAGACAAGUUGUUCACAUACCAGAUCAUAGAGAACAAGAAAGAUAUUAUAAUCAACCUAUUUAUCAACGGCCACCUGCAGCAGUAAAUUUCCGAACUGAUGAAUAUUUGCGAGACAACCCUGGUGCUCCAAUACCGAUUGGAAACCAGCGGCCCUUUCUCCAGUACGAGUACCAGGACAAAGUACUGGACUCACAGGUGUUGAAAGACCAACAAAAAGUUCAUGAUCAUGUGCAAUACGAUGUAAGGCCUGUCACACGAGUAAUACCAGUAGAUGACAGAGGCGUGCCCAUUCAAGGAUAUAAAACACGAUACGUAAAUUCAUAUCGCCCUCCACUGCAACGAUACGACCCGUAUGAGGAAAUGCAAUCAAUAACAGCCCCUGUCAGCACAAGAGAUUUCCGACGCUUGCUUCAAAUUUUGAUACUCCGACAAAAUCGAUUGCAAAGCUUGAUGGAUCAGCUGAUGCCGACCCCGUACCAUCCCAAUCAACCCUACCGACGAGAAGAAUACCAACCUAGAUAUUACCAAGAAGAAGACCGGUAUGAGUAUAGACGUGAGCCACAAUAUCGGCAAAGAGAUGAAGUCUAUUCAAAUCAGAACUAUGACCAAUACGAGAGCAAUAGAUACGUACCACGAAGAAGAAGUUACAGGCCGUAUGAUUCAAUAACAUCAGCUACAAAUAAUAUCGACGAACCAGAUGAAUAUCUUCCAGUAGAAGUCAGGGAAGCGUUGCUUUUGAAGAUGUUGAUUCUCGCAAUAAGUCCGGAUUACAUGCCAACACCUGCGCCUGCUACGGAGCUGACGACGGCAGCGCCGACGAGGAAGCAGGUGAGAAAUGUCCAAAUACUUGGAGAAGAGCCUACCACGAAUACAGCGAAACCUUAGAUAGCAUCAUUUUGUAUUUACACUAUGAUUGGAAUAAAACUGUUUUAAAUGCAUUAUUACAUACAGCAAUUUAAAAGUCCCUUAGUUUCAACAAAUGAACAGCAUUUAUAAGGAACAAUGAUAUUUUGUUCCCCUAUAUCUUGCGAUAAAACACUAAGUUUUGACAUCAACGACUUUACCCAUUCUUGUGCAGAUAUUAUUUAUCAUUGAUAUAUUCAGAUAAUUUGUUAAAAUAUUUUUAUUUCAAUGGCGUAUGGUGUAAUUUACAUAUAUAUUAAUUAAAUAUUAAUUGAUCUUGUCCUUGUAAAUAUACGAUAGAUAUUUUAUUACAGAAUUUUGACAUA